AGUAGUGCUCCGAUCAUGGCGCCCGCUAUGACGCUCGUUUGACGUACCGGUUUUUUAAGCUGUCGCUUCAGUAGAGGUAUUCAUCGGCCGACGAGGAUCCUACCGCGGCACCGAGUCACAUGAGAAUUUGCCCCGGUUUAUUGUAGGCGCCGCCGUCAACGUCGCGAAUUUCGUCGUCGUGGCCGUUGUUAUUAUUAUGAUUGUGAUUCCUGCGCCUGCGGUGAAUUCCGAGUUGUGAUCGAGCUAUGCUGCUGUUAACAAGAACGAAAGGCCCCCUUCUGUGAACGUUGUGAUUUUCUCCUAAACGAGUGUAGCCAGUUCAUCGGUGGUUAUUUUUCUUGGAGUUUUCUUGUGUAUAUGGUACUUCAUAGACUUGAUAUGUACGAACUGCUACGAUCCGUCUCGUGAUCGCCACCGUUUGAAGUAACAGUGGCAUAGUUGCGUAGUGCGACACAAAUGAGCCGGAAGCUCCUGACGGGGCAGCAGGGAAUAGGCGCCCUGUUGCUGUGACGUUCGUCGACUUCAUUGCAAGUCGACGGUGUGUAUAUCUGUAUGCAUUAAUUUGCCUCUAAAGAUAAGUGUCCAAAUUAAGGUUUCUUGUAGCGCGGUCGUUAUAGUGGUGAGUAUUGUUUUCCUUAAAAAAUUUUCUUUGCUUUACAACUAUAAGAUGGUCUGGGAAGUGAACCCUAUAGUUUCGUUGUUCGUUAGGUAGUUAAGCGUCGGGAUAUAAUGAUGGACAAAUACAUCUGUUGAAGUACGGCGUUUUGGGAAGGUUUCCGCUCUGUGUAAAGGACCAGUAAAUUCGCGACUUGCCGCCAAAACCAUUCCGCCUAUCGAUGGCAGAGGCGGCCUAAUACCGAUGUGUAAAGAAAGCGACAGAUUUUCACUAUUUUCGCUCCAAAUACAGAGGACUAUGAUGUUCAGAUUGGUUCUGCUAUGAUAAUUUUACGUGGUGCAUGUUGUCAGUCGCACUGAUAUCUUUAUAGUUGGUUUAUGGGGUAUCGAUCGCCCUGGUAAAGCUGUUGUGACUUCCUUCUGAAUAGGUAGUGAGACUGGGAUACUGUUUGGUCUGUUGAACUGUCACUCGGGUUUAUAAGGUUAGUGACGAAAAUCUGGUUAAAACUAACAGAUAAUUUAAACAACACCUUCAAAUUGCAUCUAUAUGAAUUUCUUUAAUUUGUUGCCUGUACGUCAGUUGAUUUGAAAAGCUGUACGUUUCUGAAAUUUGAGCGCCAAUCCUCAACCCUUUCGUGCUUUAGUUAGAGGCAAAAUACAUCUUGAAUAGUACAGAUUGAGACCACCAGGUUAGUUAACUGUAAUAGUGCAUAUAUAAAUUGGAACAAAUUAGCUGGAUAUCUAAUAACCGCUGUUCUUUAUCGACUGAGCCAACUACACUUAAUAAUAACAAACUCUUUCUCAUGCUUGUUAAUUGCAAAUGUUCAACAAAAUGUGCACCAACUCAGAUACGUUUGUCGGACUGUUAUAAUAUGACGCUUAACCAGUAGUAGUACCAAGGCUGCUUUUCGCGCAGUUUGAUCUAUUUAAUUGUUUUUGUGAGGACAGAUCAGGCGCUGUUCGAGUGGAUAUUUUCUUAACAAAGGCCCUACUGGAGUGACGACGUAACCUCAUUUUGUGUUAAAAGCUGCUCCAGCGUUGAUAAUGAUAUUCCGUUUUGUGCGUUAAAUAUAAUCUGUUAUUGAAAGUGCAUGAAGAAAAACUAGUGAACUCUCACGCUAAACAAACACACUAAAGUAAAAUCUGUGAAGAUGACAUUAUAACAAGUUAACACAAGAUAAGGCGACAGUGAAAAUAGUUAUGAUUUAUCAGUAAGUGAAUCAAUUGAACGGGUGCUUUUGCUGUGCAAGUUCCAGUUGUAGUUAAAUGUAAAGAUAACAAUAAAAAUAGUAUAACAGAUACUAAAAAAUAUAUAUAAAAUAUGAUUUUUAAAAAAAUCGUUGACAAAAUGCUUUGCUUUACAGAAACUAACAGGCAGAUAUCGCUUAAUUAACGAACAACAUUGACAUUUGGCCGACAGCUUAACCCCUAACAGCCACACCGUCGAGCAGUUGGCCUAAAAAGGCCAAAAAAGAACAUACAGAGUGCAGAAAGAUAGGAAAUGGGGCCCAAGAAGCGCCCUCCUACCGACGAAGAUGAGGAGGUGAUAACCCCAUUGCGUCUCUCGAAGCGGAGACGUCAAGGUGCCGACCUUAGUGAUAUACUCAAUGGCUUUGCAGACUCGCUUAAGGAACUAAAGUGCGAAGAGGAAGACAGGUUCUACCUCGACCCGUUUAUGCGUCUACCGAAGAAACGUUUUAUGGGGGAUUAUUUUGAAGUGGUCAAAGAGCCCAUCGACUUUAGUCGAAUUCAACUUAAAGUUCGCAACGAUGAGUAUGCCUCAAUUGAUGACUUCGUCGCCGACUUCCAGCUGCUCGUCGAUAAUGCGAAGCUAUACUAUAAAAAGGACAGCCAGGAAUAUGCUGACGCUGUCGAGCUGUGGAACCACCUAGAGGAGUUACGUAAGGAGGAACGCGGCGGAAGCGUUGUACCAUCCGAAGGUGAUGCGGACGAAUCACUUGAAGUCGAUCCAAUGGGUGACCAAAUGGCGGAAAUGUUCAGUAUUGUGGUCAAGGCGACGGAUGAAGGCCGUGAGGUAACGGACGUGUUCAAAAUUCUACCAUCGAAGCGGGACUACCCUGAUUAUUACCAAGUGAUAAGCCAACCUAUUGACUUGAAAACAAUUGCGCAAAAUAUUCAAGAAGGUACCUACCAGUCGUUACACGACCUGGAGAAGGAUCUAACUUUGAUGUGUCGAAAUGCAAAAACCUAUAAUGAACCGGGCUCUGAUAUCUACAAGGACGCCGCAUUCCUUCAGAAGUUGAUUAAGAGUACACGCUUCGAAGUGGAGAAUCGUCGUGCUCCCGCUGUAUUUAAACGGGGACGGCGAAGUGUCAUAAAGGCGGCCCACUCACUUGUCGAGAGUAUUGCCAGCCUCGAGGACAGCGAUGCAGAUGACGAAGACGUGGAUGAGGAACAAGAGCUCGAUGACGAUGACGAGGUCGAAGAGGAGGAUGCGGAUAAUGUUGAAGUCGAGGUGAAGGUUCCAAAGCGAAGAGGUCGUAAACCAAAAGCACUUAAGAUGACUGAGGAAGAAGAGGCAGGAGAGGAAGAAGAAGAUGAAGACGAAGACGAAGACGACGACGACGAUGAUGAUGAUGAUGAUGCAGAGGAAGAAGAAGAAGAAGGCAGCGAAAAGGAACCGGAAAUCGACAAGAGUGUUAUCUGGGAUCUGAUCUUAACAAUCAGAAUGUGGCAGAGCAGUAAUCAAAGCGCAUCUACUCCUCUAAUCUCGGAUCAAUUCAUGCGUAUCCCCAGUAAGAAAGCGGCUCCCGAUUAUCAUCAGGAAAUUAGCAAACCAAUGUCAUUCCGAAAGGUCGCUACAAACAUCACUAAACAAAAGUAUAACUACGUAAAGGAGGUUAUUGCCGAUCUCGACCUGAUCUUUAAAAACGCCAAAGUGUACAAUAGGCCGGAUUCGAAGAUCUCCCAGGAUGCAAGUAGCCUUCUCAAAGCUCUACAUGCCAGGGUCAGGGAGCUCCAAGAAACAGUACCGAAUUUCUUGAAGCUUAAAGUCCCUGGAGUUACUGACGCCGAUAUCGAAAAAUCGGAUUUGGUCCUGAAAGGCUGCCGUAAGCUUCGCCCCGAUAAAACUGAAAAUCCGUUGAAGGCUAGGUGUCAUGCACUCUACAAGUCAGUCCUUACUUACGAAGAAGAUGGUCGUACUCUGAUCGACCCAUUCUUGAAAAAGCCCGACCCGGAACAAUAUCCCGACUAUUACGACGUCAUUCAGACUCCGAUAGACAUGCAGGUGGUACAUGAACGCAUCCGUCACCUUCGUUACGCGACCCCUGAAGCGUGUGUAGCAGACCUUCGGCUUAUGUUUGAAAAUUGUCGUACAUACAAUGAGGAAAAUUCUCAGAUUUAUCAGGAUGCCAACACGCUGGAAAAGGUUUUACAGCAAAAGUUAAAAGACCUAGGCCCGUACACGACACCUCCAGACUCGCCUGUUCCGACAACACCGAGGAAAAGCGGUGGAAAGAAAGUGUCUCGAACCAAACUACAGACACUUUACGACAAAGUUUCUAACUACGUAGACAACAAGGGCCGUAACAUAAGUAGAAUCUUUAAUAAAUUACCAUCAAAGCUCGAAUAUCCAGAAUAUUACGACGUCAUCAAGGAACCCAUUGACUUAGAGAUGGUCAAGCAAAAAUGGGGAAGGGGCAGCUACGAGUCCCUCGAUGACAUGCUCCAUGAUUUACUACUUAUGUUUGAUAAUGCAUGUACGUAUAACGAGCCCGACUCACAACUAUACAAAGAUGCCCUUCUUUUGCGUAAAGUGGCACUGCAGACUAAGUUAGAACUAGGUGCGGCGGAUCUCGAGGAUGGUGUGCCCGACAUGAGUGGCAUUGUUCUCGAGCUACUGAGCAAUUUGUUUACUUCGACAUACAAUCACCAGGACGAGAAGACCGGCCGCUGUUAUACUGAUUCGCUGGUCGAAUUCAGCGAAACUGCCGAAUUUGUAGCGGCCGCCGAGGAUGAAGGCGCUCGCGUUCUCAACCUUGACCUAAUCAAACGUGCCAUGGAUCGAGGCAACUAUCGUCGGCUAGACGUUUUUCAACAGGAUAUGUUCACCUUCUUCCGGCGUGCACGUAAAGCGACGAAAAUCGAUUCUACGGUGUGGAAGGAUUCCAUUAUUUUGCAGACGUUCUUUAUCCACUACAGAGAUGAGCUCUGUCAGAAUCGAUUCGAGUCGCCCGCACUUUCGUACACAGAAAAUGAUCUUGCCGAUGAGAUUGACAAAACAAAAGCAGAGAAAACCGUGCAGGAGGCUUCUGAUCAGGAGACACCAAAAGAAAUAACAAAGUCAGCAGCGGCAGACGAUGGUGUCCAGCAAAUGGACGUCAACGGGAUGACGGUGCGUGUCGGCGAUUAUGUGUACGUGCAGCCCCGAGAAAAGGGGAUGGAACCGCACGUCACCAUGAUCGAAAGACUCUACACGGAUGAGAAAGGCCUUCAUUGGCUAUUCGGCACGUGGUUUUACCGGCCGCAUGAGACGUUCCACCUAGCCUCCCGAAAGUUCCUGGCCAAAGAAGUGUUUAAAAGUGACAGUCAUACAAAUACCCUGCUCAACGAGGUUAUGGGCAGAUGUCACGUUAUGUUCGCGAGAGAUUUCUUCACGACGCGUCCCGUAGGCUUUGCCGAUCAGGAUGUAUUCGUCUGCGAAUCGCGCUAUUUCCCGAAAAUGAAACGUUUUCAAAAGAUCAAAGUAUGGCCAUUGAAUGAUGAAAUUAAAUAUGUUCCCCGCGAAAAGCCCCUCGAGGCCAUUCGAGUGCCUUCGAUUUUCCGGAAAAAAGAUUCAGACGAUGAGAAGACUCAGGACGGCAAGGAUGGGUUGAAACGAGAGAGUGAUGACGAUUCCAAGGAGCUCAUCAUGCCCGCCUUACCUUUGCAGGACGACUAUCGCCCCUGUGACAGGGUCAUGCCUGACGUUAUGUUGCCGACCCCGUCCGGAGACGACAAUGAAAACACGUAUUAUGAGCAAAUCACCUUUUCUGGUGGAACGUACCGUACUGGCGACUGCGUCUAUGUACGUACAGAAACUGAUAACCUGAUGGCUCGCAUUGAGAAAAUGUGGACCGAUAAUAUGGGUGUGGGCUUUUUUCAUGGACCGUGGUUCGUCACACCAAAGGAGAUACAUGCCUCGGGUGCAGCUCCAGGUAGACAGUUCUUCCGACAAGAAGUCUUCCUAUCAUCAAUUGAAGAUACUAACCCGCUUCUUGCGAUCACGGGAAGAUGUCACGUAAUGGACCUUGAGGAAUACAUGAGCAAUCGACCGACAGAGAUUCCUGAGGAGGAUAUCUACGUGUGCGAAAAUGCCUACAACGAAGGCGACAAAGUAAUCACUCGCCUUGAGCACGGCUUACGGAAAAUUCUUCAUUCGGAUGCGGUACUUGUUGAUGAAGUGUAUACGCUUCGGCGGCCGCCGCGACUUGCUCGAGAAAGCUUCCCGUUUGUGCCGAAAACCUCUCAACAGGAGCCUGUCACAUCUGCACCACCUAAGCCGACUCCGUCUGCUGUGCCAGUUCCACCCAAUGCAAGCAAUCCUGCGUCGACAAGGGCGCCCCCACCCGGGUUAAUCAGUGACAACGAGGACAGUAAUGACCUAUCGGUUCGGGAUGAAACAUCGAAUCAUUCGACGUCGCAAAUGUCGAUGUCAACGUCAGCAUCACAACCGCAGGCAGCCACUCCCUUGUCGACAAAACAGAAGCUGGUUAGCAAGGUGAAACAAAUGCGAAUCAGCGGCUACAUCGUCUACUCGACCGAGCGAAGAAAGGAGAUCACGGUAGAAAACCCCGACCGCUCGUUUGGCGAACUCUCGCGAAUGCUCGGUAACGAAUGGAAAGAGUUGCCACCAGAAACAAAAGCGCUUUACGAGGAAAAAGCAGCUAAGCAAAAUGAAAUCAACAAAAUAAAGCACGCGGAAAUGUUCAACGUAAAUAACAGCAUUGCGUAUACGGAACGAACUGCCGCUGACCUUCUAAAAGUGUUUGAAUGCCACUGGGACAACUGCGAUUAUCAGUUUGAGGAUCAGGACGAUCUCACAUAUCAUCUGACUCACGAUCCUUCAGGUCAUAUUUAUCAGACAUUCAUUAAACUCAAUGAAAGUGUCAACUUCCAGUGUCGUUGGCUGAUGUGCGGUCGUGUGAAGAAAAGCCAGCCCCCGUUCAACACGAUUCCGAAGCUGCUUAAACACGUCAAAGACGUACACGUAAAGACGUCGCAGCGGACGAUUCUGCCUGAACAAAAGACCAGGAAUUUCUGCACCAGACGACUUCAACAUCAGCAAAAUGCGACGCCUGGAGGACCGAUGCAUCCGGGUGUCCAUCCCGUCUCUCAUCCGGGCCUGCCCGGACAAAUGGUGCACAUUUCGGUACAAGGCCACCAUCCAGGUCAGAUUAUGUCGCAGCAGCAAAUCCACAUGACCGCCCCUCCAGGUCACGGAGGCAUAGGGAUGCAAGUACCCCCCGGGUCAUCCGUGCACGGUGGCAUGCAAACUCAACAGCACAUGCAGUAUCCUCACCAUCAACACUAUCCAGGCGGCCCCGGGGCUCAGCAAGGGGCGGCCCAUCCGCCAAAUGCUGGCUCACACCAUCCGGGACAUACCGGCGCCCCUGGCUCAGCACAAAUGCACCCUAGCCAUCCUGCCGCUGGCUAUGCUGCCCAUCCGGGCUACCCACAUGGUACAGUGCCCCCUCAUUUUGCCAUUCCUGGACCACCUCCCAUGCAUAACGGCGCACAUGCCCACGGGCAUGGUCCAUCAAUGUCUGUUUCGCCGGUGGCCGCUGCUCGUCCAGUCGUUGCCGAGCCUUUGUUCGUCGCCCCGCCACCGAAGCCCCACAAACUGCUUCACACAUUUGCUUAUAUAAAAUACAUUGAAGGUCUCAACCAGGAAGGACAGAAAACCGUAUCCAACUGGGAUCAGCAGCUCAAAGCAACCCGUGACAAUACAUCACCGCCAGCAUCGCAUAACGGUCCCCAACAGCUGCCCAUGCAUUGGCUAGCGAACGGAGCAGGUCUUCACGGAAGUGCAGUUAACGCACUUUGGGCGUUGCGUGACUUUAUGCUCAAGGACGCCCUUAAUAUCAACCACAUCGAUUAGGUGUCGCUAUUAAAUCGAUUGCCUUCCAAUGAUCUUCAUUUGGGUGUGUUGAAACAAAUUCCAUUGUCUUAAUGUGACAGUAAUACGACUGCGGUGCGCUAAGAGUCAAUAUAAAAAGAAGGCGCAGCCUGCGGAUUAAUUAGGUGAUGGCAACCUACAAUCGAUUAUAUGUUAACCUGGUCAUUCGACUAGUCGUUACGAAUGAAACGUUGUGUCAUCGGACUGAUUAUCUGUCCAAGCUGAAUGGCACACCAUAGUCAAAGGCUAUCUCAUGGUGAAUUAUAAAUAAUCAUUUGUAGACGGACAACGAUGAGGAGUGAGCGCUUAUGAUGGACAUCAAAUAAUACAAAAUAAUUAUUAUAAUGUUGAUGUUUCUUAAAUGGAGAUCCACUAAAAGUAUGAUAGGUGGACAUUAUUAUAUAUACUUGUACGACAUAUAUAUACAUAUAUAUUGUGCAUAUAUUGAUGUGAGAAAGAGAGACUCAUUUAGAAACAAAUGCGAUAACAUUGACAUGGCACAACUGAAAAAACUAUUGACAGCUGAUUUAUUCCUGGCACGAAUGGUUAUUUUUUUCUUGUUUCUUUUUGUGGGGCAGACCCGGUCUGCACAGGAUGGGUGUGCUACAAGUUUGUUAGACAAUGGCAUUUUUCUUUACUUCAGUAGUACUUUUUUAAAAAUGAAAGGGCCAAAUUUCAAAAUAUUUGAGACAGUAGCUGUCACUAUAAACCAUGCACUAUGAAAUGAUGUUUCGAGUCUUGGCGUCCCGAGCUGUCUACGGAUGCACAGAAUGGGUCAGAGCAAAUAAAAAUAGUGAGUUUUUGACUGUGGUUUCUGAUGACGGGUGAUCGACAUCUGUGAGACCUGAUGAAGUAUCCAAUAGCGCGAACCCGCGAAAAAAGUAACUCAUUCUAGUUUCCAGUGCCGACUACCCUUCACUAAAUAAGUCCGUCACUUUAAAGACAUUUUCUUAAUUUUUGGAAAUGUAGGGUAUCUUUACGCCAUUGUAAAGAGAUACCGUUCUGGAAAAUCAGGAAGUAAGAGGUAAAAUGUCUUAAUUUCAAUGAAACUUUGCAACAGUUACAUUUGUUUUUGUGUUAGUCAAGUCUAUAGGCGGGGACAGUGCUUAUAGGCAGUGUUCAAUAAGCUAAAAAACGUGUUUUAAAUGGUGCAUACGUAAAACAAAUGACCAAGAUAAAUAUUUUGUCAAAGACCAUACUGCGAAGCACGGUCUCCGUUUGUAAAGAACAGUGGCGGAUGAAUUGUAAAGACCGAAAAUACUCCAGCCACUGCAAAUUAUAAACAAAAUUAAUUGUUCGACCAAUUUAAAGCAGUAACCAAUGUGGAAGAGGUCUUUGGCUCUGUAUGUGAAGAGAUAUUCUCGUUGAAAUACCAAUGAAUACGGUCACGAAUAUUGUAGCAACAUUUUGCGGUAGCAAGUAUCUUGCUUAUCUAUUUGUGCUCUAUAUAUUCACAUAUACGGAUACAAUUAAAGAGACGAGACAAUAUUAAAAGAUGAAGAAAAAGCUAAAGUUCUACCGGAAUGUAAUUAAAUUAUGUACAAUAAAUGCGCAAUGAAAAGAGAUAAUUAAUAAUCAUUAUCAUAAUAAUAGUAAUAACAAAAGAAACAGAUAGUUGAAGCAAAUGAGAUCGAAUCGGUAAUUUAUAGAAACAUGCAUAUUUUACGAAACAAAACAGUGAAAUCGAAGAUACCGUAGUGUAUAAAAUACAAUUGUUUUUAAUUGGAAGCUGGUACACUGUAUUACGGCCAUUGCUACCGUUCGUAAGAACAGUUUUUUUAUAACAAAUUAUUUAUGUUGCGUUGAAACAGUCCAUAAUAAUUACGGAGGUACUCAUUGAAGACAUUACAAUAGAAACACCACUACAGAUACAUUAUGUAAAAAAAUUACAUUAUCGGGUAUAUAUUGAUAAUUAAUAUAUUAGACUUCUUCAUCGACAAAUACAGUAAGAUACAUUAUAUCACAAACACACAGAAAUUAGUUUAGUAGUAGCAACUCAG